AGGAAUCUACAGUGGUGACAAGGACAUGGGACUCCUCCUGCCAGAUUCCAAAUUGGUCAAGACAAUUGACAUCCUGGCUGACAACUGUGAGAAAGAACCUUGGAUUAUUUUAUUUUAUUUUUGCGGGACACCACAAUUCCGCAUGCAUGGGACACAUCAGGCUUCAAGUUCCCUGUAGAAUUCUAAAAUAACCUUUGCUAAUGAGGAUGUCUGAUACUGUUAUGGUAAAAAAUGAAACUGAAGCAAUGAAGGAUUUGGAGGCAGAAGUGAAAGAUACAACCAGAGUUGUAAAUCUUAUCAAAUCAGAAAACUAUGGGAAGAUUUUGGCAGAGAAGAAUGAACAUUGCAUUGACAACAAUAUUGAUUUGCAGGGGAAAAUUCAGAUACAGUUAACACAAUCAUUUGGAAAAGAGGAGAAGCCCUCAAAACGGGAAGCAGAAGAAGAAAAAGCCAGUGAUAAGUUGCCCAGAAAAAUGUUAUCAAGAGAUUCUGGUCAAGAAUACACUGAUUCAACCAGCAUAGGUCUACAUGAAUUUUUAGUAAAUACAUUAAAAAACAAUCCCAGGGACAGUAUGAUGCUGUUGAAAUUGGAACAAGAAAUUUUAGAUUCCAUUGGUAAUAAUGAGUCUCCACAUAAAAAAUUCCACCCAAUGACAUCUUACCAUAGGAUGCUAUUACACAGAGUUGCUGCUUACUUUGGAUUAGACCACAAUGUUGAUCAGAGUGGGAAGUCUGUCACAGUAAACAAAACUAGCAAUACAAGAAUACCUGAUCAGAAAUUUAAUGAACAUAUUAAGGAUGAUAAAGGUGAAGACUUUCAGAAAUGAUAUAUCCUCAAGAGAGAUAACUCUACCUUUGACAAAGAUGAUAACCAGAUGAGAAUACAUUUGAAAGCUGACAGAAGAAGCAAAUCUAUAGAAGAAAGAGAAGAAGAGUACCAGAGAGCUAGAGACAGACUAUUUUCCCAAGAUCUCCUGUGUUCCCAAGAGAAUUAUAUUAUUGACAAAAUAAUCCAAGACGAGGAUGCUAGUAGCACCCAGCAGAGGUGCCAGAUAUUUAGAGUUAAUAAAGAUUCUUCAGGGAGAGCAACAGAUAGCCAUCAAAGCAGCAAUGAGAACGAGUUGAAGUACUCUGAAUCACGACCCUGGAGCAGCACAGAUUCAGACAGCUCUCUCUGAAACUUCAAGCCUGCAGUAACCAAAGCCAGCAGCUUCGGUGGAAUUUCAGUUCUGACAAGAGGUGAUAGUUCUGGAAGAAGCAAAAGCAUAGGCAGGCUUUCAAAAACAGGUCAGCCCUUCAUAAACCCAGAUGGGAAUCCAGUUGUGUAUAAUUCUCCUAUGACUCAACAACCAGUUAGAACCCAAGUGCCUGGACGUCCACAGCCACCUCUGCCUCCCCCAUCACCUCAACAACAAGCAGCUCAGCACAAUUUCUCACAGCAGGACAACCAUGGGUCUCAGUGUAGCCACCUGAGUCUUGCCCGCCAGCCAUGUGCAGAUGGUUCUGAUCCUCAAGCCACCAUGUUCCAGUCCACUGUUGUUCUUCAGUACAGCAGUCUGGUUAUAUCACAACAGCAGCCCCCCCCCCCACCACUGCCUCCUCUUCCUCCCCUACCUCCUGGGCAGCCAGUCCCUACUGCUUGCUAUUCUGCCUCUGGUCAUCAUGUCAGCCAGCCUGUGCUUCAGCAGCAAGGACAUAUUCAGCAGCCCUCUCCACAGAUGCCAGCCUGUUAUUGUGCUCCAGACCACUACCACUCCAGUCAACCUCAGUAUCGCCCAGUCCCUUCUGUCCAUUACAAUUCACAUCUAAACCAACCACUACCCCAGCCUGCCCAGCAGACAGGUUAUCAAGUUAUGCCCAACCGGCAGCAAAACUACCAGGGGAUAGUUGGAGUUCAGCAACCCCAGAGUCAGAGCCUAGUUGGUGGCCAGCCCAACAGCAUUGGAAAACAGAUUCAAGGAGUGGUCAUUGCCUAUCCUUCAGUGCCAUCAUUUCAGGUUUCACUGCCUCAAGGUUCUCAAGGAAUUGCCCAUCAGACUUAUCAACAGCCUGCUAUGUUUCCUAAUCAUUCUAAUCAAGGAUCUAUGCCUACAGCAGGAAUGCCAGUUUACUACAGCAUCAUUCCACCUGGCUAACAAAAUAAUUUAAGCUCCUCAGUAGGUUACUUGCAACAUCCAGAAUUAGAACAAGUACAGUUGCCUCGAACUACUUCACCAUGCAACUCCCAGCAGCUCCAAGGCCACCAGUGUGCAGCUGUGCCACCUCCACCACCUGGUGGCGGAAUGGUGACGAUGCAGCUCAGUGUACCAAACAAUCCACAAUCUUGUGCCCAUUCACCCCCACAGUGGCAACAAAACAAAUAUUAUGGUGAUCACCAGAGAGGACAGAAGUGUAUGGAAUUUAGAAAUAGAGACAAUAUUGCAGGAGAUGCCAGAUACCCGUUACUUGCCCAGCCCCUGCAGUACAACUCUCCUGCUGUUCCGCACAGACACAUUCCAGCCCAACAGGGUCAGCCUGGCAACAGGCAUGGAAACCGAGGAAGGAAACAAGCUAAAAAAGCUGCAUCCACCGACCUUGGUGCAGGAGAAGCAGUUGUUGGGAAGGUCUUGGAAAUUACUGAACUACCAGAUGGAAUAACUCGUGUGGAAGCUGAGAAGCUUUUUGGGGAACUCUUUAAAAUUGGCACCAAGAUCUGGUGGCUUUGGGACCCCCAGUCCCAGGCCCAGCUGCAUCGUCACCUCCUCUGCUGUGGCAGUGGGGACAGCACUUUCAACCCCGAAAGCUCUAAACCUAGUGACUUGGCCUCCAUGUACACUGUCUUAGCCACAUUCCCCUCCAUCUCGGCUGCACAGAAUUCUCUGAAGAAACAAAUUAACUCAGUUAACGAGUUUAAGCUGAGAACGAGCAAGAAGCAUUAUGACUUUCACAUUUUGGAAAGAGCAAGUUCUCAGUAACAGCCACUUUGGACCCAUGGCCUUUGUGAUUCCCCUGUCCUCACCCAUCUUUAACUGGCUUGGUAUUUGGAACUUCUGUUAACAUGAGACUCCUAGGAUGUGUGGUCGUGGCAUUACAACUUCUGAAGACAGGC